UGGGCAGCCCUCUCGAUGGGCGGCGACGGUGCCGGUUGAGUCUAGAAAGCCGGAGUCGCUGAGCCUUUAGCCACAGGCGUGCUGAGGAAAAUCGGGAGGAGCUGGGACGAGGGGGCCACGUGUUGGGGCUUCUGGUGCCGGGGGCGGAGCCGCUGGGUCAAACCCGCGCUGUGCCUGCCCCGCGGGUUAGGUUGGUGUGCCCACGCCGCCCCCAGCGCUUCCUCCGGGUCAUUUUUCAGUAAAAGCGAAGCGCUCUUCGCCAGGGGUUCGGGGAAGGGUAGCCAGGACCUGUUUUUCCCCUGCCUCUCGCAUUCUCUCCUAUCCACCUCCUGGGUUUGUUAGUUUUCGAGAUCAGAAAGCAAAUUUUCUUUUGGGAAGAGACGUCCUGUAGUAUAUAGUAAGAACUAUGAGAUGAGCCCAUGUGUUAAGCACGUUACGUGUACUGUCUCAUUUAAUGCACACAGCAAUCUGAAGGGGUUGAUAUUACAUGGUGUCAGCAGUGGGAUCCAGAGGGGCCGACCACCAAGGAAUGACAACCUCCAGAAUUGAGUGAGGUUCCUGCGCUUGAGCCUUCUGUGCUCUUUGCUUCUGCGAGUUGCUGUAACUUUCGGUUUGAUUUUUACUACCUUGGAUGCCACUCCUGAUAUGGAGAAGAUUGAAGAACAGUUUACUAAUCUGAACAUUGUUAGACGUUCCUCAGGAACUAAAGAGCCUACUUAUCUGCUUGGCAUAGACACAUCAAAGACUGCACAAACAGAAAAAGGAAGCUUGGUUGCUGUUUUAUGUUCUAAUGGAUCAAUCAGAAUAUAUGAUAAAGAAAGGUUAAACAUACUUCGAGAAUUUAGUGGAAAUCCUGGACUUCUUAAUGGAGUCAAAUUUGCAAAUUCUUGUGACAGUGUAUAUUCAUCAUGUACUGAUGGCACUGUAAAAUGUUGGGAUGCUCGAGUAGCCAGUGAAAAACCUGUCCAGCUGUUUAAGGGUUACCCUUCCAAUAUUUUUAUUAGUUUUGAUAUCAGUUGUAAUGAUCAUGUCAUUUGUGCUGGUACAGAAAAAGUUGAUGAUGAUGCCUUGUUGGUAUUUUGGGAUGCAAGAAUUAAUUCUCAGGAUUUGUCUACUACCAAAGACCCACUUGGUGCAUAUUCAGAGACACAUAGUGAUGAUGUCACUCAAGUAUGUUUCCAUCCCAGCAAUCCCAACAUGGUAGUCUCAGGUUCAACUGAUGGUCUGGUAAAUGUAUUUGAUAUUAGUGUUGAUAAUGAAGAAGAUGCACUGGUUACAACCUGUAACUCAGUUUCAUCAGUAAGCUACAUUGGUUGGUCUGGGAAAGAUUAUAAACAGAUUUACUGCAUGACACAUGAUGAAGGAUUUUGUUGGUGGGAUCUUAAUCAUCUUGAUACUGAUGAACCAAUUACACGUUUGAACAUCCAGGAUGUCAGAGAAGUAAUUAACAUGAAAGAAGGUAAUUUGGACUAUUUGAUUGGUGGCCUGUAUCAUGAAAAGAUGGACAAAUUGUUUGCCGUUGGAGGAACAAACACAGGAAUUAUUCACUUAAUGAGCUGUACUACAUCAGGAUUGAUCCAUGUGACCAGCCUUCAGGGAGGGCAUGCUGCUACAGUCCGUUCUUUCUGUUGGAAUACGCAGGAUGAUUCCUUGCUAACUGGAGGAGAAGAUGCACAGUUAUUACUUUGGAAACCUGGAGCAAUAGAGAAGACAUUCACAAAGAAAGACAGCAUGAAAAUAGCUUCCUCUGUGUACCAGCGAGUUCGAGUUCACAGUAAUGAUUCUUAUAAGAGAAGGAAAAAGCAGUGAUAUUACAUUGGGAGUUUACUUGAACAAUGCAACUUACAUUGAAGCUGUGAUCUAGCCUAACUCACUUGAGACUGAACAAUAGGUAAGUCACUGUUAGACGUAUUUAAAAUAUAUAAUUCUUUUUUUAUUGUGAGGAAGAUCCGCCCUGAGCUAACAUCUGCCAAUACUCCUCUUUUUGCUGAGGAAGACUGGCCCUGGGCUAACGUCCAUGCCCAUCCUCCUCCACUUUAUAUGGGACACUGCCACAGCAUGGCCUGACAAGCGGUGCGUCACUGCGCGCCCGGGAUCCGAACCGGUAGACCCCUGGCCGCCGCAGCGGAGCGCACGCACUUAACCGCUUGCACCACCAGGCCAGCCCCUAAAAUAUAUAAUUCUUAAUUGGAGAAAUUCAGCUAUUCUUGGUGUUGUCCAAACCAUAAACCUAAGGGUAAUUCUGGACGUUUCUCUUUUCUUCUAAUCAGUCAAUCACCAAGUCCUAUGCCGUUCCCCCUCCUGAGAUCUGCCAGCUGUCCUUUUGCCUCUACCCACCACGACUGCCUUAGAUGAGACUUGCAUCAUUCCUCACCUAGAUUACACACCGUCUCUAAUCUGCUCCAGUUCAUUCUUCCCACUCGUUCAAGGCUGAACAUCAAAAACAGGGAUUUGAUAAUGCCUCGUGCUGCUUAAAAUCUUUGGUACAUUUUGAUCUUUUGAUGGAGCACCAUAUAAAAGUGAAAAGCCAUGUUUUCAAGAUAUUUAGGAUAUGAGACAAUGCUGACUAUGUUGUAAGUGGAAAAAGCUGGUUAAAAAGACUUUUAGAGAUAGUGCAUUUAGAAAACAACAGGAAAUGAAACAGAAGUUAUCAGAACAGUAGAGGUUUUAAAAAUAUUUAAAAUUCAGAAGUAAUUAAUAGAGUUGGAAGAUGCAGAUGAAGAAAUAUCUCUGAAAGUAGAACUCAGAGAAAAUGAGAGAAAAGAUAAAAGCCACAGAAGAUAAAUAUAGGGGUCUAAUAUCAGACUAAUAGUUUUACAAAGUGACUUUUUUUUUUUUUUUGUGAGAAAGAUUAUCCCUGAGCUAACAUCUGCCAAUCCUCCUUUUUUGAGGAAGGCUGGCCCUGGGCUAACAUCCAUGCCCAUCUUCCUCUACUUUAUAUGGGAUGCCGCCACAGCAUGACUUGACAAGCGGUGCGUCAGUGUGCGCCUGGGAUCUGAACUGGCGAACCCUGGGCCAGCGCAGCAGAGCGCGCGCACUUGACCGCUUGUGCCACCGGGCCAGCCCCUGAAAAAAAUUUUUAAACACGGAGAGGGAUUAUUAAAAUGAAAGAUCAUAAGAGGCUAUCCCAGAACUUCUCUUCAGUUUGAAAGGCCCAACACAGUGUCAAGUGUAAUGAAUGAAAAAGACCCACACCAAGGCAUAGCACUGUGCAGUUUUAGAACUUCAAGAAUAAAGAAAAAAUAUUAGAAGUUUCCAAAGAGGAGGGAAAAACACUUAGAAACAAGAAUAACAUCUACGUUAGACUCCUCAUUAGCAAGUCUGGAUGACAAAAAAUGGUGGAUCAAUGCCUUCAAAGUCCUGAGGACAAAUUCCUGCUAUCUGAAUUUACGAUAGUCUCCAAACUCAUGAAGCAAAUAGAUUACAAUAAAGUUUUUUGAGACAUCCCUUGUUGAAGUGAACAUUUCCUACUUGCUCUCUGAAACUCAGGAACCAAAUUUAUCACAGUGUCCAUUGCUAACCAAACUCAUUGGCUGAACCCAGGAAAUAAAAGAGAUUUGGAUUUCAGGAGAUAAUUGCUUUUUCAACCUAUAAUUCUAUGACCAGUCAAACUGCCCUCAAGUGUGAAGUUAAAAACAUUUUCAGACAUACAAGAUUUCAAACUUUACUUUCUAUGCAGCUUUUUAAAAGGCUACUAGAGGAUGUACUUCACAAAAUAUAAGGGAGUAAAUCAAGGAAGAGGAGAUACCAGAAAUCAGGGCACCAAGCCAGCAUAGUGGCAGGAUAACAGCUUUCCAGCAGGACUAUAGUAUUAAGGCCAGGUUGGAACAAGAGGACGAGAGCUAUCAGGAGGGAGAUGCCCAGGGAGAAAAAUGAACUGACAAAUUACCCAAUGCAUUCAACCAUGUGGAAAAUGGUAUAAGUGGAUUAAAAUCACCAAUUAAAAGAGACCCUCAUAUUGAAAAUAAUUUAAAAGCUUUCAAAAGUAAAUAAACAGGGCCGGCCCUGUGGCUUAGUGGUUAAGUGCUUGCGCUCCGCUGCUGGCGGCCUGGGU